UUAGGUGACUGACACGUGUUGCACACUCUUUCUCUGUGAGCCGUGUCUCAUACAUAAAGUAAAUAGAGAAGAACCUGCGGUUGCUAAAAUGGAUCACUGGACAUGGAAUGAUGAGGAAUGAAGCUUCAAGAUGGUUAUUGUUGGCAAUUGGCUAUUGUUCCCUGAUCCUGUAUGGGAAGACUUCAACUGGAAGAAGAGGAUAUGCUGUAGGAGAAGCUGUGUUAUCAACAAACUUGGCUGAAGAGCCCUGCAGAGUUAUGGGGAGGUGGGUUCCUCAUGUGGUGUGAAUGGGACAGGAGAGUUGGACUCAAAUGCACAGUUUAGGGAUGAACAGCAGCCCAGCGAUGGCACCGCUGUCUCCAUGUGGCAGCCCUCCACUGUCCUCUCUGUCACCCAAGAGGACCCCCUUUCAGACUUUAGGGUCUCUGUCACCAGGAAUGUUGUCCCCUUCGCUUGGUAACGGCUCCUCUCUUCAAUGGAAACAGGCCUCGUCUCCAGUAAGAUCACCGAGCCCGUCCAUUAUGACCUCCCCAAAACUCUGGCAGAAAGCAUCCAUCUCCAGACUCGCUGAAGAGUUUUUCUGGAUUGGUGGCAGUGUGGUCGCACAGCCAAAAUGGAGACUGGGUCAGAUAGUGGAGAGGUGUAUGUGCACCAUGCAGACUGGCACUCAGAUGUCCAAACUGAAGGGGAAGAAAAAGGGACUGGUCCGUUUCUUCUACCUGGAUGAACACAAGUCCUGCAUCAGGUGGCGGCCCUCCAGGAAGAAUGACAAGGCCAAAAUAAUUAUCGAUUCCAUCCAUGAAGUCUGUGAGGGGAAAAAAUCUGAGAUCUUCAGGCGGUACGCUGACAACCGCUUUGACCCAAACUGCUGCUUCAGCAUUUACUACGGGGAGCGAGUUAAGUCCCUGGACCUGGUCACCACAAACGCAGAGGAGGCCCGGACCUGGAUCACUGGGCUGAAAUACCUCAUGGCGGGCAUCAGUGAUGAAGACAUUCUGGCCCGGAGGCAACGCACCCGGGAUCAGUGGUUACAGCAGACCUUCUCUGAAGCUGACAAAAAUGGAGAUGGCACCUUGAGCAUCGGAGAGGUUCAUCAGCUGCUGCACAAACUGAAUGUGAAUCUACCCAAGCAGAAAGUCAGAGAGAUGUUUCAAGAAGCAGACACAGAUGACAACCAAGGCUCUCUGGGCUUUGAAGAAUUCUGUUCGUUCUACAAGAUGAUUUCAACACGCAGAGACCUCUACCUGAUACUCAUCUCUAACAGCAAUCAGAAAGAAGUCAUGGAUCUGCAAGACCUUACACAUUUCAUGGAAAAUGAUCAGAAGAUGCGAGGCGUGACCAAAGACUAUCUAGUUGAUGUAGUGGCCAGGUUUGAGCCAUGUCCUGAAAACCUGCAGCGUAUGGUACUUGGUAUUGAUGGUUUUACCAACUUCAUGAGGAGUCCUGCAGGUGACAUCUUUAACCCUGAGCACAAUCAGGUGAACCAGGACAUGACUCAGCCUCUGACUAACUACUUCAUUUCCACCUCACACAACACAUACCUGACAGGAGACCAGCUGCUGUCCCAGUCUAGAGUGGAAAUGUACGCAUAUGUUCUCCAGGCAGGCUGUCGCUGUGUGGAGGUCGACUGCUGGGACGGGCCUGAUGGGGAGCCCAUUAUUCACCACGGCUACACGUUGACAUCCAAAAUACUCUUCAAAGAAGUUGUUGAAACAAUCAACAAAUAUGCUUUCACAAAGUCACAGUACCCAGUGAUCUUGUCCAUCGAGAACCACUGUACAGUCCCUCAGCAGAAGAAAAUGGCUGAGUAUCUGAAAGAGGUACUGCAAGAUAAACUGGAUCUCUCUUCUGUCAAUGUGAAUGAAUGCAAAAAGCUGCCGUCACCUGAGAUCCUGAAAGGGAAAGUUUUAGUCAAGGGAAAAAAGCUGCCAGCAAACCUUGAUCCCGAUGCAGAGGAGGGGGAUGUAUCUGAUGAAGAUACUGGUGAUGAGGAAGAAGACGAAGAAGAUGAAGAUGAUGAUAAUGCCCAGGAUGGAAAUAGCAUUGUCGCUGGCAAUUCUACCAAAAAGAACAGGCGAUUUGGCAGAUCGAUCAUGAGGAGCUUCAAACGAAAGAGGAAAAAGAGAAGUAGGACGAAAAACAUAGCAACAACUGAUGUCGAGUCAGACUGUAACAGCAGCAAGGAGAGGACACAAAUUGUUUACCAUCCCAAGAAGAGGAAAACAAUGAGGUUGUCCAGAGCCCUGUCUGACCUGGUCAAAUACACAAAAUCGGUCAGAGUUCAUGACAUAGAAACACAAGGGUUUACAAACAGCUGGCAGGUAUCAUCCUUAAACGAGACAGUUAUGAACCAGAUCUUACAGCUGAAGCCGACUGAGUUGGUCCGUUUAAACCAACGGCAACUUCUAAGAGUGUACCCAUCAAACUACAGGGUGGACUCAAGCAACUUUAACCCACAGCCAUACUGGAAUGCAGGAUGUCAUAUGGUUGCAUUGAAUUACCAAACAGAGGGCCGUAUGCUUGAACUGAAUCGAGCCAAGUUCUCAACCAAUGGAAACUGUGGGUACAUUCUAAAGCCAAAGUGCAUGCGCAAAGCUGCCUUUAACCCAACAAUGGAGGAACCUCUAGCAGGACAUAAAAAGACUCAGUUAGUGCUGAAGAUCAUCAGUGGACAGCAACUUCCGAAACCCAAAGACUCCAUGUUUGGAGACAGAGGAGAGAUCAUCGAUCCCUUUGUCGAGGUGGAGAUAAUCGGUCUACCAGUAGAUUGUUCCAAGCAGCAGACCAGAGUGGUGGAUGAUAAUGGUUUCAACCCCAUGUGGGAGGAGACCCUCGUCUUCGACAUUCAAAUGCCACAGCUCGCCCUGGUGCGUUUCCAGGUGUGGGAUCAUGAUCCUAUUGGACGAGAUUUUAUAGGGCAGAGGACUGUCGCUUUCACCAGUAUGCUGCCAGGUUUCCGGCACGUUUAUCUGGAGGGAAUGGCUGAGUCGUCCAUCUUUGUUCACGUGGCUAUCAAUGACAACACAGGAAAGAUUAAACCAUCAAAUGCGGUGCAUGCAGCCAGAAAACACAUCCAAAAAGCAGCCAAGAAGCACAUAAAGGGUCAACAAAGACAAACCUCUCUGGACUCCUCUGUCCUGUCCUCAGAGGAUGGACGUUCUCUGUACUUUCGCAAGGAUCUGGACACCAUCUCUCAGGAAAGCUGGAAUGGGGAUAUGUCUCCUCUGGUACUCGGGCCAGCAGCCAAGGCUGCCAUCCACAAAGGGGCCCUCAGUGAGCCACUGAGGCGAGCUCACAGAGUUAAAAUUCAUGAACCACCAGAGACAAGGAGAGGGAUCUUCAGCCGGAUGUCCUCCACUGACUUCCACCACAUGGGGUCUUCUUCCUGUUUCAGAGCAGAUAGCUUUGACUUUGAGACUCUUCACACUUCUUAUCCUGAUGGUCUUGCUCCCGACAGCCAUAAUCGAAUUGAAGAAGAGCUAGAGAAUGAACCAGAGUCAAACUGUGCUGAGCAGGAGACCAGUGACACCCUUGAACCAGAGCAGCCUGAACAAUUUGAGGAAUUACCAACAGAGCAACAGCCAGUCAAGGACAUUUCUCUGGAACCUGAGCAACCACCAGAGAUUCAGAAUUGGACUGCUUCCCUUCCUCUGCCAAGGACUGAGCCUCUGAGCCAGUAUGAGGCCAAAUUUUCUCAACUUAUCCCACCAUCUUCCCCUCCCAGGGUGAGACGGACCUUGGAGGCUCCAGUCACCCCUCUGCCAUCCACACUGAUACAAACAAAGGCCAGAUCACGCAGUUGCCCCCGGAGACAGAUUUCCUCUCCGCAGACUCCUAUGGUGAACCGCAGACCUACUCUUCACUGGCAGACACAGCGAGCACAAAGUGAGGGCAGUUACAGCAGCGGGGUGAGGCCCAUUCCCAACGGCCUCUGCUUGUCUGACAGCUCUUCUAGCAGCAGUGAAGGCAGUUUAGACAGCCUAGAAUUUGUGUCCUCCGGUGUGCCAGACAGUACAGACCAAAAUGAAGGCACUCUGCAGAGAGAGAUGAGGGCCCUUUUUGACCGGAGGAUGAGCGAGAUUCGGUGUAAAUCUCCACUUUUUCUAAAUGAUUAGACUGUCAUUUAUCUGUGAAUCCAAAGACAACAA